GGCGGAUCUAAAACUAACAGACGUAAAAGCGUCAGUAGAAGAAGAAGUGGAGGCGGAAGCUGGAUCCUGCAAAAUAUGUCAGAAUGGGUACACAAAUAAAAGAUGUCAUCAUCAAGCCUGAUGCGCCCAGCACGCUGAUGCUGAACAAACACGCGGACUACAUCGCUGCUUAUGGCUCCAAGAGGGAUGACUAUGAGUACACGUUGUCUGAGUACCUGAGGAUGAGCGGUAUCUACUGGGGUCUGACGGUGAUGGACCUCAUGGGCCAGCUGCACAGAAUGAACCGGCAGGAGAUUAUAGAUUUCAUCAAAUCCUGUCAGCAUGAAUGCGGAGGCAUCAGCGCCAGCAUCGGACACGAUCCACACCUGCUCUACACCCUCAGUGCUGUCCAGAUCUUGUGCUUGUAUGACAGCAUGGAUGCGAUUGAUGUGGACAAGGUGGUGGAAUAUGUCCAAGGACUUCAGCAGGAAGAUGGCUCCUUUGCAGGGGACAAAUGGGGGGAAAUAGAUACACGGUUUUCUUUCUGUGCUGUUGCAACACUAGCGUUACUGGGAAAAAUGGACAUGAUAAAUGUUGACAAAGCCGUGGAGUUCGUCCUGUCCUGUAUGAACUUUGACGGCGGUUUUGGCUGCAGACCUGGUUCAGAGUCUCACGCUGGUCAGAUUUACUGCUGCACUGGUUUCCUGUCGCUCACGGGACAGCUGCACCAGCUGAACGCUGACCUGCUGGGCUGGUGGCUCUGUGAGAGGCAGCUGCCAUCUGGAGGCCUUAACGGACGGCCCGAGAAGCUUCCAGACGUGUGCUACUCGUGGUGGGUUCUGGCGUCGCUGAAAAUCAUCGGCAGGAUCCACUGGAUCGACAAAGCCAAGCUGCGAACCUUCAUUCUGGCCUGUCAAGAUGAAGAGACGGGAGGUUUUGCUGAUAGACCAGGAGACAUGGUGGAUCCUUUCCACACUCUAUUCGGAGUUGCGGGUCUGUCCCUCCUAGGCGACAAGCAGAUCAAACCGGUGAAUCCAGUACUUUGCAUGCCUGAAGACGUCCUGCAGAAGAUCAACCUGCAACCCGACCUCCUCAGCUAGCCCUCUUCAUGCACCACAUAGCAGAUAAAUGCUGCUGCCCCCAUAUUCUCCCGUCAGCCUCACACUAACCACCAUAGCAGGAUGUUGCAAGCAGAAAGAGGACUACAACACAUUGCUGUUGUAGCUGAAUUUUACAUUGAAGACAGUUUGCUCAGUGACGAUGUGGAAGCUGAGAUCUGAGCACUCGAGUGAGUUUUCUUAUUUUACUGCUGCAGAUGGGGAUGCUCUGAAGAGUUGUCAUCAAUGUAGGAGUUUAAACAUCAUAAAUCAACAUUCCUUAACUUCUGAUGCUGAUCAGGAGAUGAGUUUAGAAGCGGAAACAUUGAGCACACAGUUAAAAAUAUUUCCGUCUGUCAUCAACCUUAAACUUUUUCACUUUCCAAGUGGGAUGUUGGUAUGAAACGAAGGGAAUAUGGAGUUUUUUUAGGUUAACACAAUAGACUUCGGUGUGGCAGAAUAGAAGGUUUGUGCAGGAAAAGAUCAGUCAGCUGAGGGAGAUAAAAGGUAAAAAUAAAAUGUGCUGUUUUAUGAUGUUCUGGCACCUUAAACUUGUGGAUAUUAUUUUGGUUCAAAGGCACUACAUCUCCUUGCUUUGUAAUUUCUGCCUUUUCUUGCAGAUGCUGUUUCACAUGAAGCAUCCUGUGUAUGUGAGAAGUUAGGGCACUAAAGCAGUCACACCACACUGUGCUAAUUGGGCUUCACAGCUGGAAAUGCACCACAGGACUUAUUAAAAAGUUGCAUUUUAACAACCUCAGUAGGAUUAUUAUUAUUGUGAUGAUGAUGACGGAGACCCUGUUUGGAAGUGAGACGUUCUCAGUGUGACUGUAAACAUCAUUCUGAGUUUGUUUAAUGUCUUAUUCACAGCCUCAGUUACACUAUUUAUUCAGAUCUUUCAGUCUGUGGGCAGCUGUGUUUGAUCUGCUUCUUCUCUGUGUGUAAAAUAAUGAAAUAUUUUCAGUCUUACGUUCACACGGUUCAACACAUUCUGUGAAAACGCUUACAGAAAGCUCCAUAUUUUUACUUGUAAAGCCUCUUGAUUUUUUUUAUCUGUUGCUUUACUGUUUUGUGUCUUGUUAGAGUCAAUAAAUAAUGUCAGUUUUACUUC